AUGUUAAUUAUAAACGUUAUAGUUACAAUGAUAUUUGAUUUUGACAGGUUUGAUGGUUGUAUAGCUUUGGAGUUAGGUGGUGGAGUAGGUCUUUGCAGUAUUGUCAUGGCAAGAGUUGCAAAGCGAGUGUUUUGUACAGGUAAGAUCUCAUUACUGGUAUUCUCGGAAUAAAAUUGAUGACUGAGCAAGCCGCCUUGGACUCUUGGAGGCACUGCGAUUCGCGUCUAGAGGUGUCUUCCUACUACAAGAGCAAAUGCUUAGAAUGCAUCAGUAAAAUGGAAAGACCUUGUCGAUUCUUGAACUCGGAAAGAUCUUGCCGAUUUUGUUCCAUUCUGUCAGUUUUGAAAUAGAAUCGUCAUCAAAAGUGUUCAUGUAAAUUUGUUAAUUUCCUACCUGCCAAAUGUUGUUCAUGCUUUUAUAGACGAGUGUGUACCUACAUACAUGGGCGAAGCGAUGUAUCCUAUUUUUGGAUUACAAAUUUGCGAUACGUAUUUUUUUAUCAACUUAUGGCCAAAUUCUAUUUGCAUUGCUUCUGAUAUACAUUAUGUUGUAUAUUCUAUAAAAAAUACGGAAGGGAUCGAUAAGUCAGCUUUUGUAAAUUGCGAAUGUUACGUAUCCUAUUAAUCAAAAUGCACAUUCUUAUAUUUUUUAGAUAUUAUUGAUGUUUUAAAAAUCUGCGAGGCAAACAAACUGAGAAAUUGUGACCUUUUUAAGUAUUCAACCUCAGGUACAGCACUUUCUCGUGAUUGUUCUCUUUAAUUAUAUUAAAGAUGUCCGUUUUCAAUUUUGUAACCGAAUUUCGGAAUUUGGUGUUUCAUUUGACGAUUUUUACGUAGUUUUAUGUUUUGUUUAUGAACAAGUAUCAAAUAUGUUUCUAAAGCAAUGUCUUUUGCAAACACGUCAACAAAAAUACAAACUCGUCAAAACAUUUGUGUUGCGUGAUUGAAAUGCACAAGUUUUGCAAGCACUAAUUAUAGAACUGCAUUGUAAUUUCAUCUCCGCCAGGAAAAUAUCGCCCUGCAAGGCGGGACGUAAGUACUGUAAAUCUCAAUAAGCGGGACUAUAUGUACAGGCUCCAAGACCCCCCCCCCCCCCCGAUAUUUUUUGGUGUAACGAACUCGUUAACUAAUUCUUGUUUAAUUUAGAUAAUGCAGUCAUGAUGGUAAAAGAACUGGAUUUCUUUCACUCUUUGCGUGUUUUAGGUUAGGCUCGUUUCAGAUGCCGCUGCAAUUAUGCGCUGCAGUUAGAUGCGACAAAAGAGCGACGUAUUAGUCAGUUAGGGGCAGCAAACGUUCGGCAGAGCUUGUCACAUUAUGCGAUCAGAAUUCCAUUUCCGCCCUUUUGUGUGCGUGUGUGUGUUGGGGUGCAUGAGCGAGGUGAGAUCCUGUAAACUUACGCAACCCCGCCCAUGUGCCGAAUCUAACCAAAGAAGCAUAUAGCAACGAUGCACGUUAAGAUCAUUCUCAAACCAAUUUUCAAUUCUCACCUUAAAAACAGUGAAUUUGGUUAUUUGAUUGCGAACUAUUGUCGAAACAAGCUUGAAAAUGGUGAUAUAAAAUAGUGAUAUGUUGGCAUCUGCAGACCUACCGACCGCGCUGGGGGCGUGUGCUCUACAGCGUGCAAUUUUUUUUUCCUCCACCAGCCUCGUUUGCCUGUUAUAAAAUGUAUAGUAAAGUAUUAAUAUAUAACCAAGUAUUAUCCUAAUACGCAUCUUAAUUUAAGAUGGCAUGGAUCUUGGCCAUGGGUGGACGAAAGAGGAUAGAGGUGAUCUUAGACGGUUAUCUGUGAUUAUAGCCUCCGAUGGUAAGAAACGAAAGUUUUCCAUCCUUUCGAGUGCUAAAAUGAAUAUAUUGGCAGUUUUCCAAGCCAAUUUUGACAUAUUAACCCUAUAUACAAUUAAUUUUGUAUCAGAAAAACGCUAUACAAAACUGUAAUUUUCAAUAGGCAGUAAGAUAUUCUUGAAAUAUAUGUUUUUAUUAAACUAUUAGUCUAUUAUUACAUUAUUAUAUGUAUUAUUUGAAUAUGGGAUUUUAUUAGACAAAGUUUCAUAAAAAAACGUUUUUCAUAAAAAACCCGUUUUGUACCGUAUGAAAAUCCAUAUUUCUUAAGGUCCACACAGACCGAACGCGAUUCGACAACGCGACGCGAAUUUUCAGUUUUUAAAAACAAAUAAAACCGUCAACGGAUAAAAAUUUUACAAGAUAUGCAGACCAAAUAGCUAAAAUUGCUUAAGUGGUUCCGAAUAUUUGAAAAACAUAGAAAAAUAGUAAAGUUUUUAGGUCAUUGAAAAUUGAAAAUUCGCGUCGCGUCGCGUUGCCGAAUCGCGUUGGGUCUGUAUGGGCCUUUACGCAGGUUAUAGAGAGGUUCCGAUUUGACUUCCAUCCCGCUACCUCUCAUUGGCGUAAUGCGCAUUUUAUUUGUUAAUCGUGUAGAAUAAAGUAAAUGCAUCUGAUCGGUUAAUGGUAACGGUAUAGCGGUAGUGGAAGUCGAAAUCUGAACAUCUCUUUUUACUGUAUAUCACGGAAAACAUAGUAAAGCCAGGACUCGAAAUGCGUUAAAACUCCGGGAAAAUGUUAAACGAUGGGGUUGUACGAUAUCUCAGUGAUCGUAUUUGCAAUGAUAACAUCAUAAUAUAACAUAUCCCCAUUCCUUCUUUUCAGUGAUAUAUGAUGAUAGUUUGACUGACGCUUUUUUGAAAACCAUGGAGAAAUUGUUUGAUCUCAAUCCCAAUGCUGUUCUUUAUAUUUCUUUGGAAAAAAGGUAA